UGCACAGGGCGGCCCUGCCGUUCAGUGACCCAAGCGCGCAGCUGCGGGCUGCCUCCUCCCUUGCCCGCUGUGUCCUCCGGAGUGACUGUUCCCCUGCCCUUCUCAUUGUGUGCUGUCCACCUCCUGCCAAGUCCAACAGCCCAGUGCACAGGAGGCACCUCCGGGGCUCGCCUGUCAGCCUGACCAUGACCACAGCCAAAGCCAAGGUCAGCCAAGGUUCCCAAGGGACGCGGGGCCCCCAAGAGCAGGCCCUCUCAUGAUGCUGGCCCGCGGGAGUGAGCACCAUGCCCAUCACGCAGGACAAUGCCGUGCUGCACCUGCCCCUGCUCUGCCAGUGGCUCCAGAACAGCCUGCGGGAGGGUGGGACCGGGCCCGAGCAGAGGCUGUGCCAGGCCGCCAUCCAGAAGCUGCAGGAGUACAUCCAGCUGAACUUCGCUGUGGACGAGAGCGCGGUCCCGUCCGACCUCAGGCUCCCCGAGAUGGAGAUCUGUACUGUGUACCUCACCAAGGAGCUGGGGGACACAGAGACGGUGGGCCUCAGCUUUGGGAACAUCCCCGUCUUCGGGGACUAUGGGGAAAAGCGCAGGGGGGGCAAGAAGAGGAAAACCCACCAGGGCCCCAUGCUGGAUGUCGGCUGCAUCUGGGUGACGGAGCUGCGGAAGAACAGCCCUGCCGGGAAGAGCGGCAAGGUCCGGCUGCGUGACGAGGUCCUCUCCCUGAACGGGCAGCUGAUGGUUGGCGUGGAUGUCAGCGGCGCCAGUUACCUGGCUGAGCAGUGCUGGAAUGGCGGCUUCAUCUACCUGAUCAUGCUGCGUCGCUUCAAGCACAAAGUCCAUUCUCCUUCUAAUGCCAACAGCAGCAACAGCUCUGAACCGGCAGAGGCGCCUACCGUGGAGCUGGGUGACCGAACAACGAAAAAGAGCAAGAGAACACGGAAGUUUGGGGUUAUUUCCAGGCCUUCCACCCCUAAGACCACUGAACAACCCCAGAGCCACCCUGGCGGUGAGCUGGACAAUGACCCCACCUCGGAGCUGGACAAUGGCCCAGACCUGGAGCUUGGGAAUGGCCAUGUCUUUGGGCUAGAGAAUGGCCCAGAUCCGCUCAAGGAGGUGGCUGGAGCCCUUCUAGAGAGAUCCGAAGUGGACAGAGGGACAGAGCUUGGCAUUUCCAAGUCUGCGGCCCCUCUGCCCACAAGUCAGGACAAACGCCGCCUCUCAAAAGUGGGAAAGACAGACUGCCAAUCCAGUGACUGCUUGGCACGGGUAAGGUUUGGUGGGAUUGUGGAGGAUGGCAGACUGGCCUUAGGCGAUGAGCUGCUGGUCAUCAAUGGUCACUUGCUGGUCGGGCUCUCCCACGAGGAAGCUGUGGCCAUUCUCCGUUCAGCCACUGGGAUGGUUCAGUUGGUGGUGGCCAGCAAGCAAAAGGAGAGCUCCAAGUUCACCAGAGGCACCUGCUCGUUGGAGGACGUAUCCUCGUGGACUGACAAUGAAGACCAGGAGCCAGAUGGGGAAGAGGACGAGGGGAGCGGCCAGUCCUCCGUCCACGGCGUGGCAUCUCGGACAGACGAGCCCCAAGAUCCAGCUGGUCCUGAGGAUCCCAAGGGGAACUUGGAGAGUCCCAAGCAAGGCGGCAGUAAGAUGAAGCUCAAGAGCCGCCUUUCAGGGGGUGUGCACCGUCUAGAAUCUGUUGAAGAAUAUAAUGAGCUGAUGGUGAGAAAUGGAGACCCCCGGAUUAGGAUCCUGGAGGUCUCCCGAGAUGGCCGGAAGCACUCUCUUCCCCAACUCCUGGACUCCUCGGGAGCCGCACAGGAAUACCACAUAAUGAAGAAAUCGACCCGCUCCCUGAGCACGACUCAGGUGGAAUCCCCGUGGAGACUCAUCCGGCCGUCGGUCAUCUCCAUCAUUGGGCUGUACAAGCAAAAAGGCAAGGGCCUUGGCUUUAGCAUUGCUGGAGGUCGAGACUGCAUUCGAGGACAGAUGGGGAUUUUUGUCAAGACCAUUUUCCCGAACGGAUCAGCUGCGGAGGAUGGAAGGCUUAAAGAAGGGGAUGAGAUCUUAGACGUGAAUGGGAUACCGAUAAAGGGCCUGACGUUUCAAGAGGCCAUUCAUACCUUUAAGCAAAUCCGAAGUGGGCUGUUUGUCUUGACGGUACGCACAAAGCUGCUGAGCCCCAGCCUCACGCCGUGCUCCACACCCACCCACAUGAGCAGGUCCAGCUCCCCGAACUUGAACGCCAGCGUGGGAACCUUGGCAGCAGGCUCGGAGGAGAGCAGUCCUGCCUCCCUGGGCCGGAAGACCCCUGGGCCCAAGGACAGGAUCGUCAUGGAAGUCACCCUCAACAAAGAGCCACGGGUUGGAUUGGGCAUCGGUGCCUGCUGCCUGGCCCUGGAGAACAGCCCUCCGGGCAUCUAUAUCCACAGUCUUGCCCCAGGUUCCGUGGCCAAGAUGGAAAGCAAUCUGAGCCGCGGAGACCAGAUCCUGGAAGUGAACGCGGUCAACGUUCGCCAUGCUGCUCUAAGCAGAGUCCACGCCAUCUUGAGCAAGUGUCCCCCAGGACCUGUUCGCCUUGUCAUCGGCCGUCACCCCAAUCCAAAGGUUUCUGAACAGGAAAUGGAUGAAGUCAUCGCACGCAGCACUUCCGUGGAGAGCAAGGAGGCCGGCCCCUCUCCUGGCUCAGGUACUCCCUUGAAGAGUCCUUCUCUUACAAAAAAGGACUCGCUGAUUUCGGAAUCUGAAUUCUCCCACUACUUUGCCCACGACGUCCCAGGCCCCUUGUCAGACUUCGUGGUGGCCGGCUCUGAGGACGAGGACCACCCCGGAGGUGGCUGCAGCACUUCGGAGGAUGGCAGCCUGCCCCCCAGUACCCCCACUCACAAGGAGCCAGGAAAAGCCAGGGCCAACAGCCUCGUGUCUCUUGGAAGCCACCGGGGUGCUGGGCUCUUCCACAAGCAGGUGACCAUCGCCAGGCAAACCAGCCUCCCUGGAAGCCCGCAGGUCCCCCGAAACCCUCUCCUCCGCCAGAGAAGGGUGGGCUGCUACGAUGCCAGUGAUGAGGAAGACUUUGAUGGAGAAGGGGACUGUGUUUCACUCCCAGGAGCCCUACUGGGUCCCAGCAGGCCCCAGGCAGAAGAUGACACCAGGGGAGUGACUGCAGCGUGGACCAAGGUCAUGGAUCUCAACAGUCGGGAAGAGAAACACCCCCAGAAAACACAGGUCAGCAAGGCCUUCUCAGCACCUCUCCUGGGCAGCACGCUGGAUUCGGAGGGCACAGUGAACUGUCCUGCCCAGGAAGCCAACCUGCUGGAUGCCACUAAGGCCCCCCAGGGCAGCCCUGUUGGCCCCGAGAAGGAGCCAUCAGAAUGGAGGAGCUCACCCAAACUGGAAGACCAUGCUGGGGCACGUGCCCAGAGUCCCCCGCAGGAGAGGAAUGGACACCACGGGUUCAGGCACAAGCCGGUGGCCAGGGUCAGCCCGCACUGCCAGAGGCCUGUAGCAGAGGUCCUGCCCAGGGGCUUGGAGACAGCAGGCCUGGCAGACAGCACCCAUGAAGCGUGUCCUCCAGACUCGAAGGUCCAGACGACUUCUUUGAAAGUGACCGUCACUGGCUUCCAGCCAAGCGGACCUGCCGAGAGGGAAUCGCUGGGGAGCCUGAACACUGAAGCCCGGUGCAUACCUGUGGACCGUGAGCCUGCCAGGGCUCUGUCCUCCCUGGAGGCUGGCCACCUCACAGGGAGCGUGCCUGGAGCUGUGGGGGCGCACCAGCCUGUGACUGGUGUAGACUUCACCGCGGCUGCAGGGCAGAAGGGGGCUGGCCCAGACACCACCAAGGCCCUGGGAGGUUGCCACCAAGCCGGUCAGCUUGAGGAGAGCAGCACACCCGCGUGUCCCUGGGUGGAGGCUGGGCCUCCAGCCAGGCUGACCUGUAACCCGGGCGCACCCCCAGGGCGGAAGGCAGCCCCUCGGCCAGAUCUCAGCCCGACUGGAGCGGCAGCGGCAGGCGCCAUUGAGGCUGCUGGCCCCAGCAAGGCCGCGGCCCUCCAAGGAGCGGAGGCGGCGGCAGCGGGCACAGCUCCAGCCAGCGCCAUUCCCCUCAUCCGGUCCCAGAAGAGACCGGGCGCCCAAGGUCAGCACAGCCCGGCUUCGGAGAUGACCGGAACCCGCCGUCCUGAAGGCUCGGGCGAGCAGGCUCGGCUCCAGGGCAGCGCUUCUGCGUCGGAGAGGGCGCCACGGCCCACGGCGUCGCCCACGGAGGACGAGCGUGGCGAGGUGUGUGGCAGCGGCCCCGGGCACUGCUGCCCUGCGCGGAGCAGAGCGAGCCCUGUGACCGGCGAGUCGGGGGUGAAUGGGGCCGGGCAUCCAGAGGACGGGUGUCCAGGUCAACCCCCAGCAAAGGUCAAGGGCGGAAGCUCCUGCCAGGCCCCAGGAACCCCCUCGGCCGGGCAGCUGCGGGCCGCUGACGCACCGCCCGGCCCCCAGUGGGCCCCGCAGCCUUCGGUCUGGGAUUCCAUCAGUCCCGACCGACAUUUUACGGUGAACAAAAGCUGUCUGACGAACUACUCUCGAAACUUGAGCGGUUUUCACGAAGACUGCCAGGCCGCGCCUCGCCCGGACGGGGGCCAGCCGGCCCGCUCCUCCAUGUACGGCGAUGCUGACGAUUCGUCCUCAGACCCCGAGUCGCUCACGGACGCACCCCGAGCGCCCCCUCGUUCUCCGCGGGCCUCUCCCCCGGGGGCUGCGACGGAAUCCGAGGAGGAACCGAUCGAACUCUGCUCCGCCCAUGGCUGCUCCCCGCCGCCCUCAGCCACUGCGCACGCGCACGCGGCCCCGCACCCCGCCCUCGCGCGGGUUCUGCCGCUCCAGCACAGCGCGCUGAGCGAGUCGGUGGGCAGCCCGCGCCAACGAGCGUCCCUGGUGCCCGGGGCGGCCCGCAUUUCCGCACCACCGCCGGAGCCAUCCCCACCGCUGGAGGCCCGCGCUCGGGCGCAGGAUCCGCAGGGGGACGCCGGCACGGCUCGGCGCCACGGGCCUUCGCGGGCGGAAGGGGCCUCCACCUUGGACGGCCCUGGCUCCGCCACGGAAAGUAGCCCGUCCUCGGGGGCCUCGGGUCCUUUGCACGACCCCCAGAACACACACUGCCCUCCGAGCGUGGCGAACGGCUCGGACUAUGACUUCCCGGAUGAGGCGAGCCCCGAGAAAGAACGGGGGGCAGCCGUGCACGCCAGCGAAGGCCCGGAAGUCCCUGAGGACGUGCCCUCCGCCGUGGCAAUCCUGCACAUCUCCGAGGGCCCGGCGCCGGGGGACGCCCGUCAGAAACCCAAAGUGACCUCCAGGAAGCCCAUCAUGGCCUGGUUUAAAGAAAUCAAUAGAAACGGCCAAGGAUCCCACGUGCAGAGCAGGCCCGAGAAGGAAGCGUCCGCAGGGCCAACCCGGAGCCCCGACUCCAAAGCUCGGACUGUGAGCUUGAGCCACAGAAAGGGAGCCCCUGGGCCUAGCAGCCCCCCGCAGCUGAAAAGGGACCCAGAGGACAAAGACCCCCCGAAAAAAGGUCCCGGGGACGCGCCUGUGAGUAACUGCCUGAGACCCCGAUCGGGCCCGAAGCUCAAGAGGUUCAGCAUAAAGGGCAAAAGCCGAGUGGGCGGCGGCGAGGCCCCGGCCGCUAACGCGACCAAGGCUGCUGGGGUGGACGCCCGCAAGCCCCUGCCCUCACCCCCGGCCUCCCAGAAGGGGCUUCCUAGGGCAGGCUCCCAGGAGGAGCCCGGCCGGUGGGCCGCAGCCACCCCCAAAGCUCCCAGGAGCCGGCUGGAGAGCGCGCUGCCCCUCGAGGCCCAGGCGUUGGACACGAGCGUCGGGACUUGCUUCUCGCCCUUGACCUCCCCCAGGACGGUCCGCGCGGAAGCAGCCGUCCCCAAGGGCCGUGGGUGUGCGGCAGAGAGCGUGGUGCACCUUGCCGUUUCGGGACCAGGGAAUCCCUCCGCGCCCCGCCCCCAGCAGGACCCCGAGGCUCGCGGGCCGGAAGAGCCUUCCGCUCCGCGUGAUUGCGUGUCGGAAGUGGCCCCGCCCGCGGUGGCGGGCGAAAACGGGAGCCGGCUAGAUGGUCCAGUCGAUGCCCCUGGAGGAAGGAGGCAGCUGGGCACCGGGGAGGAGCCCUCUGAGAGAACGGCCAAGGCAGAGAAGCCCGCGGAGAGUGACUCUCAGGAAAAGGGCGAGGCCGGAUUCCUUCCCCUGCCUCGGACGCCCUCCCUCACGCUUCCGGCGUCUCACGUGGCACAGGACGCGCAGCGUGCUUGCUGCAUGGCCAAGCCAGCUGCGGCCGCCGCCUCUGAGCCGCCGGCCGGACAGAUGGAUUCCCCCGCGGGGAAAACCAGCCGGGCCACGGAGCUCCAAGGCCCACCCAAGGAUGUCGCCCCCACGGGCCCCGCAGCCGAGGAGCCCCCUUACUUCACGCCGCGGCCCGCAACCAGGACCUACUCCAUGCCAGCCCAGUUCUCCAGCCACUUUGGACGGGACGGACCUGGCCCUGGUGGUGCGGUGGGCCUGGUGAACGGGCCGAGCCUGUCCUGCGGGAAGCCCCUGCUGGAGCUGUCGGAACCCCUGGCGGCAGCAGACCGAGGGGACCCCAGCCCGGAGGCGAGCUGCCCGGCCACAGACAAAAUCCGGGUCACCAGGAGACCCUACUACUACGAGCAGCACUGGCCCCACGAAUCUACCUCCUUCUUCUCCGUCAAGCAGAGGAUCAAGUCUUUCGAGAACCUGGCCAACGCUGACCGGCCCACCGCCAAGGCCGGCGCUUUCCCCGCCCUGGCCGUGAGCGCCAAGCCCCCCGUGGGGAGACGCUCCUCGGGCAGCAUCCCUUCGGGGAGCCUGGGCCACCCCGGGGAGGCGACCAGGUCGCUGCGACGCAGCCUGAGCUCCUGCAGCGAAAGCCCGAGCGAAGCCGGCCCCCUCGGCCCUCCCAUGACCAAGUCCCCGUCCAGCACCACCCUGGUCGCGCCCCGGAAGAGCCCGCUGGAGGCCGAGCCGCACCUGAAGACGCCGCCAGGCCCUUCCGGGAUCCCCACCCCCACCGUGACCCCCGCCUCGCCCGGCAAGAGGAACAAGCCCUCGGUGCGCCACGGGCAGCCCCCGCCCCUGUCCCACUCGACGCUGCAGGAGCUGCGCGCCCUGAGCAUGCCGGACCUGGACAAGCUCUGCGGCGGGGGCGUUGAGGACUUUUCGGGUGAGCCCCCCGCUGUGAUCUUCAAGACGGAGCUGGAGAUCGUGCCCCGGAGGUCUCUGGGAGCAGCGGCUGGGAGCAACAAUCCUACAGCUAGCGCACCGGGGGACCCGGGCCACACCACCCAGGACUCGCCCUCAGGAAAAAGCUGGUCAGUCAACUUGGCUCAACUUCUCGCCUCAGUGGGGGACCAGCAAAAGUUACAGUCAGUCUUGUCGUCGGUGGGGUCAAAGUCGCCCGUCCUCACUGUCAUUCAGGAAGCGAAGGCACAAUCAGAGAGUAAAGAAGACAUUCACUUCAUCGUCCUGAGUAGAAAAGAAGGCUCAGGUCUGGGAUUCAGUGUGGCAGAAGGGAUGGAUGCGGAGCCAGAGUCAAUCAUGGUACACAGGGUGCUUUCUCAGGGGGCGGCUGCUCAGGAAGGGACUGUGAACCGAGGGGAUUGCCUUCUGGCUGUCAAUGGCACCUCAUUGGCUGGUCUCACCCAGAGGGAGGUCCUGAAGGUGCUCCACCAGGCACAGCUGCACAAAGAUGCCCUCGUGGUCAUCAAGAAGGGACGUGAUCAGCCCAGACCCUCCACCAAGCUUGAGCCUUCCGCGGCCAAUGGGAAGGCUGUGCUGUCCAGAAAGAGCAUCACCCUGGAGCCAGGAACUGGGAAAAGCACUGCUGCCCAGGAGGCCCUGUGUGUAGAAAUGCUGAAGACCUCCGCCGGCUUGGGGCUCAGUCUCGAAGGAGGAAACUCUUCUGUGUCUGCAGAUGGGCCGCUGCUUGUUAAGAGAGUGUACAAAGGUGGUGCUGCUGAACAAGCCGGAACAAUUGAAGCUGGAGAUGAAAUUCUUGCCAUUAAUGGGAAGCGCCUGGUUGGGCUCUUGCACUUGGACGCCUGGAAUAUUAUGAAGUCUGUCCCCGAGGGACCUGUGCAGUUAGUGAUCCGAAAGCACAGAAACCCUUCAUGAAAGAACACCAAGGCCAGGUGCACUUUUUUUUAAAACCCAUCUUCUUCUCCCAUUUCUGUUACCUGAGCAAAUCAGAAUGAUGAGUUUAACCCCUGGGACUCUGAAACCCACGAGUGCUGGCAAGGCCCCAUGACGAUCUGCACAGCAGCCAUACACGUGAGGCCCACAGAGUCACCAGAGGGGACACUGGAGUCCUUGUACCUGCUCCCAGCCUGCUGUGUGAGCUGAUAGGGCGCCACGUGUGACCUGCCUUCUUCCUUUGAAAGACUGGACGGAACCUCUGGGUACCACCUCUCCCCGUGCACCGAAGUCUGAGGUACCAGCAGGCACAUCGACAUGAACUCGCCACCCUAUCGGUUUGCAAGGAAAGGUUGUGUUUUUUAGGCAUGUACAAUGCAAGGAGCAGUUGGAGAUGUGUAUGCAUGAUGACCCAGUUGUGGAGCAUUCUGAGGGUUCUCUGAACAUGGCCGAGGGAGCCAAAGAGUAUAGUGAGUGGAAUGUGCAAUGUAUGACUGCAGACUCGAGGGCUGUGGGGUGCAGGUCAUCUCAGCGUGCUGACGACUUCUCUUUGUCGAAGAAAGGAGCCCCGGUGGUAGAGUGAGUCAAGUAUUUAACCACAAAGUUGGCAGUUCAAAACCUGGUGGUUGGAUGAGCCACAUAUUCAACCACAAGGUCAGCAGUUCAAACACGCCCGCUGCUCCGUGGGAGACAGAUGAGGCUGUCUGUCACUGUAAGGUGUGCAGCCUCAGAAAACCCCAGAGACCGUUGUAGUCUGUGCUGUAGUUGCCUUGAUGACACAGCGACCCGAUGGCAGUGAGGGAUAUGGCUCCAUGUAUAAGGCUUGUAGAGCAGCGGUUCCACGAGUGUCCUGAGCAGCCAUGAGUGCCCUUGCCCACAACAAGCACUGUACUAACGGAAAGCACCUAGCCUCUCCUCCGUUACCUUGUCUAGAACAGUAGGACCUGACACUGGCCUUUUUCAGUCCUUGACCUUGUGUCGCUUCUGCUAAUGCACCUUUUAGAAGUUAAAUAUCCCUUCAGUGACGUUGGACUCAGACGAGUGGGCUGAAAAUCCUUUUAGGCAAGUUUUCUGUUUGUCACCCCACGGUCCCUCCCUCCCUAACGCAUUGCCUUCGAAUCACUUCAGACUCUCCUGAGAUAUAGGUAGGUAGAACUGCCCUGUGCAUUUCCAAAACGAAUCCUUUAUGAAUGGAGUAGAAGCCUCAUCUUGCUCCCUCAGGGUGGUUGGUAGUCUCAAACUGUCCAUUUGAAAAACGUACCCUAAGGAGUAUCUGCUCCACUACUUCCCUUGGGCUCCACCUCGGGGUGGCUGGCCUCAAACUGACCAUUUGCAAGAAGUGCCCUAGGGAGUAUCUGCUCCAUUGCUUCUCCUGGGCUGGUUGGUGGUCUCAAACUGUCCAUUUGGAAAUUGAACCCUAAGGAGUAACCGCUCUGUUCCUCCUCCUCUCUUGGGUCUCCUCAGGGUGGUUGGUGGUCUCAAACUGUCCAUUUGAAACACGUACCCUAAGGAGGAUCUGCUCCACUACUUCCCUCAGGCUGCUAGGGGUGGUUGGUCUCAAACUGUCCAUUUGCAAGAUGCGCCCUAGGGAGUAUCCCCUCCAUUGCUUCUCCUGGAGUACUUGGUGGUCUCAAACUGUCCAUUUGAAAGACGUACCCUAAGGAGGAUCUGCUCCAUUCUUCCUCCCCCCCGGGCUCCGCGUGGGGUGUCUGGUCUCCAACUGUCCAUUUGCAAGAUGCUUCCCUAAGGAGUAUCCGCUCCAUUGCUCCUCCUCGGGGUGGUUGGUGGUCUCAAACCGUCCAUUUGGAAAAUGUACCCUGAGGAGUAUCUGCUCCAUUCUUCCCUCGGGCUCCCCCUGGGGUGGUUGGUCUCCAACUGUCCAUUUGGAAAAUGUACCCUGAGGAGUAACAGCUCCGUUCUUCC